ACGUCAACUGACAGCGAAAAGAAAAGGAAAAGGAUUUUCUAGACUCGCGACACCACGCGCCUGCCUUAAUCGCAAAUAUAAUAUGGCAGGCAGAGGUACACACGAUAAUAAUAGAUAUGGAGAUCGGGCCCGUAAACCGCUCCCGACGGAACCACCGUACCUUGCGUACGUCGGCAACCUUCCCAACGGGGUCGUGCAGGGCGACAUUAACGCCAUCUUCAAAGAGUACGCGGUGAAGAGCGUGCGUCUAGUGAAGGACAAGGAAACGGACGUAUUCAAAGGCUUUUGCUACGUCGAGUUCGAUACUCUCGAGGAUCUGGAGAAGGUGCUCCAGCUGGAUGGCAUGAUAGUGCUGAACGAUCGACCGGAACCGCUGCGGAUUGAUGUGGCCGAGCAAAAGAAGAACGACCGUGGAGGUUUUAACAGGCGCGGUGGUCAACAGAAUCGUGGCGGACCCGGUGGACCAGGCAACGGUGGUGGCGGCGGCGGCGGCGGCGGUGGCGGUUUCAACCGUGGCGGACCUAACCAGAUGAAUAAUCGGCCGAUCGGCAGUGGUGGUGGUGGUGGCGGCGUCGGUGGCGGCGGCGGCGGAAGUGGUGGUAUGGAUAGAAAUUAUAGUAACGAUUACUCCCGAAACGAUUACGAUAGAAACCGCGGUGGACGUCCGAAUAACUAUAAUGACCGGGCACCGAACCGAGGGAGGUACGGAAACUUUGGCGACGAGCGGGAUGGCGGUGGUCGCGACGAAUGGAGCCGCGAUAACGAUCGCGAUGGAGGACGGGACGGGCGUGGCGGUGCUGGUGGUGGUGGUCGCUACAACGAUCGCGACAACUACGGUCGCGACGAUGGCAAUAGGUACGGCAAUUAUGGUCGUAAUAAUCAAUACCGAGACAACGACCGAAGAAAAGACGCUGCGCCGUCCAACUACCCGCCACCCUCCAACCCCAAUCUCAACAUGGAGGAACGGCCCCGGCUGAAGCUGGCCCCGCGCUCGACGAACGCGCCGCUGAACGCGCUGGCAGAAACGAAGCAAUCGGCCGCCAUCUUCGGCAAUGCGCGGCCACGCGAGGAGAAGCUCGGCGGUCCGGAAACUGGGCGGAAGCACGCGAACAGCGUCGGCAGCGAGGGCAGCAGUGCGGACGGUGGUGGCAGCGGCGGCGGCGGCGGUGGCAACAGUGCAUCCUCCAGCGCAACGGGGGGCGAUAAUUAAGAAGAGGAGGGAAAGACGUAUGCAGCACAGCUACAGCUAUCGAGAGCGAGACGGUGAAGAAACACAAUGCGCACUAUCGGAAAUGGAUGAGAGUUACGCUGAUCACAGUUGGCUGUUGAUGCAAGUUACGAUCUACGGGCGGCGAUCGAGCGGCUCCUAUUUGGUUACUAAGUGUUCCGUAUUGCCAGUAUGCCGUUCCGGUGGUAAAAAAUAAUGCAUAUUUCGGUAGAGCUUUUGGCAAAGUGGUGGUGCACACUACCACCACCAUCCCUUUCCUCCUGCCCAGUAAGUCUGAGUUGUUGUGGUCCCUGUUCGGUGGGGAAAGGUAGAUCCUUUUAUCUUUGUGUUUGUGUGUGUGCGUGUGUGCGUGCGUGUGUGCGUGCGUGCGUGCUUUAGUUUUUCCUCCCAGUUCGUUCUUUCUUGUAAGCAAAUCAAACAAACAAACAAAUCAACAUUGACGCAAACACACAACUAACCAAGGGGCAUCCCUUGGUUUUUUUUCUUCUUCAUUCAGUGGCUUUUUCGUUGUUACAACAGGUCUCCCCUCUCCAUGUACACUUCCCUAUUUUGUUGUGUAUGUAUAAAAUGUACCCCUUUAAAAACAAUACAGUAUGCAAUCGUGGCGUUUUUUUAAAUGUUUUACUAUCUCUUUCUCUCACUUCCCCCCAUCGUACAGUGUAAGUUUCCAUCUCCUACGAUAAUGGAGGCAAGUGUGGCAUUAUAAUCAGGGCUGAUGAUAGCGUAGGGCCGGUGUUGAAAUUUUAGCUAUGUUCAAUUGUCCGUUCCAAUCUAUUUGCUACAGUUACUCGGUAUCCGGCGAGACCCGGGACGUCUAUCCAUUUUACUACAGUAAUCACUUACACAAAGACAAACGAACGGUGUGCUGCGCCCCGAUUGUGCGUCGAUUAUUACUACGCGAUCGAUCCUAAGACGUCGAAGCUGCAAACAAUAAGUAAUCUGCGUAUAAUUUUCACAAAUAAAAGAGAGAUCAAGAGACACAAACAUGUGUUUGCAGAUUGAUUGCGGAAAUAUUCACGUUCCGGAAUGAUGCGGAACAGCUAGCGCUGGCGAGGAGAAGGGCUUGUGUACAUGUGCGAGCGACAAUAGUAUCAUCGCUGCUGGCAAAGAAAGACGAAACGGCGGAAUGUGUGGAAAUUGGCGGAAUCGGUCGAUUCAUACGCACUCAAACCUGUCGAAAUAAGUAGCAGCACAUCCGUUUCUUAUGUCCGAGUCGUCAGUUCUCUUCCUCCAGUUAAUCUCCCAACUUGCCCCGUACUUCGGGCAUUUAAGGCGAAAAUAGCAAUAGUAAAAGCAUUACAAAAAAUGAAAAUGUGUUCGUCGUUGAAGAAAAACACGAACAUGAAAACAAUAGAACAACGUAAGAUUGCACAGCUCAUUAUUUUCCCUACGGUAAAGCACACACGGCAAAACAAGACAAAACAACUAAACAAACAAACAAAAUUUUACAACCACCAUCUAGGGGCCGCGUACAAAAACAAAAAAAAAAUAAGAUGAAAGGAGUGAGAUGAUGAAAUGCGACUCAAAAACCUGCUGAGCGACGAUAAACCGCUAAUCUUUAAACACAAUAAUUUAUAUCCAAUUCGUUUUGUAAGCUUUUUUCUACGAUUUAAUACUUGCUGCAAAUCCAAUGAUAACGGAAACGCUGGAUACAAAUUACAAAUAAUACUUGAUAAUAACAAUUAUAUACAUUUAUUAUGGUACGCUAGUGAUGUGGCGGAGGGGAGGGGUAGUGUGUGGGUGGUAACUAGAGUUACAGAGGGCCACCGGCCCCAGACCGGUCGGAUUUUUUCUCUGCUCGGCGGGCGGGCGUCAAACACAGGUAUUUAGCAGUAAAGCAGUAGCGCCACGGACAAACAGUAGCAGCAGUAACAUUUGCAAAUACAGCCCCCUUUAUGCUUAGGGAAAAUGAAUAAAACAAAAAAAAGCAACCAUAUAGCAACACACUCGCGCACUCAUUUGAUGUUUUGGAAAUUAUUUGGCAAAUCACUACCGAGAAGCACAUGUUUUCGAGAGAGAGAGCAAACAAACCCAAACCACUCGCACUAAAAAUCAUCCAAACGACGCCAUACGAGAUGAGCAUAAGCUCCUGGGAAUGAUGUUAAAUCUAACGGGCACGUGGGGCAGCGCAAUGGUUGAUUCGCGUGCGCCAAAAGGAAAGCUUAACCAAACCACAAAAAAAAAAAAA